AUGUCGACCCGCUCAUACCAAGGCUGCUGGACAUGUAAGCGGCGGCGUCGUCGUUGCGAUAACGCGCGCCCAAACUGUCAGAACUGUGCUGAGCGCGGGGUCGCGUGCGAGGGCUACGAGGUUCGGCUGCGUUGGGGCAGUGGGAUUGCCUCGCGCGGCCAUCUUACUGGUGCUGAUACGCCCAUCAAGGGUUCUGCCCCGAGUAGGCCGAGGGGUCGGCAGAGGGAUUUGAGGAAGCGCAAGGCGGAGGGAUUGGGGAAUGUUUCUGGACCUGAUGAAAGUCAUAAUUUGGAACAGUUCAGUCCUCAGGACGAUGAGCUGGUCGUCGCAGAUGAGGUUCUGUUUCACAAAUUCAUGAAUGAUGGCAUCAACGCCCUCCAUUCGACGACAGCAAAAGACAGUAUGUUGCAUGACCGUCUUCCGCAACUCUGUCAAGAAUCCAGCGCAUUGUAUUCGAUCUGCAUUGCUUUUCAACUUGCACUGAAAAGCUCCGUCACACCGCAAUUCUGCGAGUACUUCGAUAAAUCGCUAGGGAUAUUCCGAUCAGAGCUGGCCCGUAGCAUAACCCUUUCUGAUGGAACGUUGACAUCGGGGCUACUGCUGUGUAGCAUUGGCUUGAUGCAUGGCUUACCUUGGACAAUGCAUCUCGAAGGCAUGCAUAACAUCCUGCAGAGCCACGGCUUAAAUGAUACGAAUCGGCCAUCUGCUCCGACACAUUUCCGAAUCCACCUAUUAGAGGUCAUGGGGGUCAUGGAUUUGGCUUGCUUUUCCGUGGGUCGCCAAUGUCCACGUAUAGGUAUCUGGCGUCGCUACUGUCAGCCUGCUGCACCUAGAUAUGGUAUUGAGCCUGUUAGUGGUAUCCCGCGGACUUUACUGGAUAUCUUCGCCGGGAUUGGAGCAGAGACUACGGAGCAGACAUUCUGGGACUGGCCUGGUGAAUCAGGGAGCUUUCUGCAAUGUUAUCUAUGGGAAGCACAUCAGUUAGCCGGUAUACUGGCCUUUCGCAGAGGAUUUAGGCCAUUACUUCCUAACCAGGCUGAGACUAGCAUCUCGACCUGGCGACAGCCAGUAAAGUGCCCGCCAGAUACAACCGUACUUGUUACGCGAAUCAUGGCUUGUCUCGAUGCAAUGCGUCUUGCAUUUAUUGAACGUCCAAUGGACGAUGUCUUCAUCAAGAAUGCGACUAUUUUCCCUACGUUUGUGGCUGGGUCGGAAGCUAAAGUGUUGUGUCGCAAGCCAGAGUGGCAGCAGUUUAUUCGUACAACCUUUGCAGAAUCUCAUCAAUGUCGAAUCCUUCUGAACUUGCUGGAAGAAAUAUGGCAAAAAGGGGACCCUGCUCUCGAUAUCGAUGAACUGGCUCGUUCAAAGGAACUCGAGAUGGGCUUGUUUUGA